CAGUCCUUCAGUAAAAGUCAGUCGAUACUACGAUUGCCUUGCUGUCGCCUAGGAACACUAGCGUUGCCUACUUGAGGUGUACUCUCUUAGCUCACGCAUGUUCGUAUGGCAACGUACAAAAACUAUUUAGGCGGGGAUCGAACGCGUGCAAACAAUUUUUCGGUGGUGACCGUACAGUGACGUGGUUUUGAAUUCGCGAUCGAACGAUUGUUGUGUUGGUGUUCGUUUUGUGUUCAUAGAGCUGUUUCACGACUUGCAAGUGGCAAGGGCUGUCUACUCACAUCGCAUACUCACAGCUUUAUUGUGACAGUCUCGCGGAUUCUUCGAUUGUGUGGUGUCUCGCGAACCUUUAGCGUACGACGGUCGACGACUGAUUUGCGUUGAAUAUCUGAACCGAGGCUUCAAUUAUAAUCGGUAUUUGGCGGUGAACAGAUAGCCAACGUGCAUCGGUGCCGCGCAGGCUUCUUAACUAUCGUAACAGCUAUUCCGUCCUCCGUUCAGGUGCUGCCUCAAGUGUCUUAUUUUACAGUGAGCGUGUACCUUUUCAAUCCUUGUUCUAUAUUCUCACUGUGAUUUAACUAGUUUCUCUGUGAUUGCGUGCUACUGUUGGUAUUAUUAUAAAGUGAGAAUGGUUUAAAAGUGCAUUGCAAGUUGAAUGAAAUUUAUUUGUAAAGCUUAAAUCAGUGUCGUGUUGGUUCAUUCAACCAAAAACACCCGCAUUUUUGCGGUUAGUGAAUUAGGUAUUUUAUUUACUACAACAUCUGUGUCUAGUUCUUGUCAAUUCUUCAUGUUAGGAACUUUGUGAAGUAACCAAAAGAUAAGCAGCCAUCCCAUACAUCAUCUGUCCAUUUAUAGGAAGCAAAACCAAAGUGCAACGAAAAUGGUAGGACAAAGAAUCGCAAACUCUUUACUCAAGAGAUCAGCAUUCUCAACGGCUAUAAAUGUGCUACCGAACGAAGUGGCUUCAACUGGAACAGCACAACCUUGUGCUGAUUCACGGAUAGCAGACCUCGAUGGGCGUGUCAAGCCGUACUCCGAAGUUCCAGGACCUAAAGAGUUACCACUGAUAGGCAAUAGUUGGCGAUUCGCACCCCUUAUCGGCCAGUACCGCAUCGAAGACCUGGACAAGGUGAUGUGUGAUCUUCAUCGACACUUUGGUAAAAUCGCUAAAGUCGGCGGUCUGAUCGGACACCCGGAUUUGCUGUUUGUAUUCGACGCCGAUCUGAUUCGCGACACCUUCAAGAAGGAGGAAAUUCAACCGCAUCGUCCGGCCAUGCCAUCGCUGCGGAACUACAAAUCGAAACUGCGGAAAGAUUUUUUUGGCGACAACAUGGGACUGAUCGGAGUCCAUGGCGAGAAGUGGGACGCUUUUCGUGCUCAGGUACAACAGGUGAUGCUGCAGCCGUCGACAGCAAAAAAAUACAUUACCCCACUAGAUGAAAUCUCCACAGACUUUAUGGCCAGAAUACAUGAUAUGCGGGACGAGAACAAUGAACUGCCGGGCGAUUUUCUUCAUGAACUCUACAAAUGGGCGCUCGAGUCUAUAGGACGUGUGGCGCUCGACACCCGAUUGGGAUGUGUGUCGGAAACGGGCAACGAGGAAUCGAAGCGAAUCAUUGAUUCAAUCAACACUUUCUUUUGGACUGUUGCCGAGGUGGAGCUUCGGAUGCCCAUAUGGAGGAUAUACCAGACGAGUGCUUAUAAAAAGUAUAUUGGAGCACUGGACACAUUUCGCGAUCUUUGCAUGCGUCAUAUCAACAUUGCGAUGGAUAAAAUGAAUAAUAGCACUGAAGUGAAAAGCGAGGAACAUAUUUCGAUAGUCGAGCGUAUCCUGCAGAAAACUAACAACCCGAAGAUAGCGGCUGUGUUGGCGUUGGAUUUGAUUAUGGUUGGCGUUGAUACGACGUCAGUUGCUGCCACCUCGACUAUUUACCAACUUAGUCAGAAUCCAGACAAACAGGAAAUUUUAUUCAAUGAAAUCAAGCGCAGUCUUCCAUCUACAGACACGAAAUUCACCAUUUCCAUGCUAGAAACGAUGCCAUAUUUACGAGCUUGUAUAAAAGAAACGUUGAGAAUGUAUCCGGUAGUAAUCGGUAACGGAAGGAGUCUCCAGUCAGACGCUGUUAUCGGAGGAUACCACAUUCCCAAAGGGACCCAUGUCAUAUUCCCACAUUUGGUCGUUUCCAAUUUGGAAGAGUACUUCCCAGAACCGGAUCGAUUCUUACCAGAGCGAUGGCUCAAACGGGGUGAGCUGAAAGAGUACGCCGGAUGUCCACACGCGGGUCAAAAAAUUCAUCCUUAUGUCAGCUUACCAUUCGGAUAUGGUCGACGUACUUGCAUUGGGCGGCGAUUCGCCGAGUGUGAGCUACAAAUCCUAUUGUCAAAACUUUUCCGACGGUACCAUGUCGAGUAUAAUUAUGACAAACUAACCUACAAAGUCAACCCAACUUAUAUUCCUGACAAUCCACUAAAAUUUAAACUAACAGAACGCAGGAACUGACUGCAGUGGUUAUCCGAACGUAACCGUUCCUUAGAUACAAGAAUAGCGGUGAUAAAAAUAGUGUAACGUAGAAAGAUGCGCACUCUAAUAGGAAAUAGAAGUUGUUACCGCUAGGCGAAGGAAAUUCGCUUACUGAGAAUAUACGGGAGAUGUAAUAAAGUAUUUAUGUAAAUAACUGUAUGGAAUAAAAUAAGAUAACAUUAUUUAGUA